AUGGGUUGCGGCGCCUCUCAGCCCGCGAGCGAGAACGCAGAGCAUCCGCGGCCUCGGGAGAAGCCCAGGGGCGAGGACAUCGACGCGGCGUCGUCGUCCAAAGCAUCGUCGUCCAAAGGGAAAGGGAGCGGAAGGCGAUUGCCAAUCAGCGAGGGUGGAGAGGCGCGCGACGUGAUUGUCCUGUUCGGCCCUCCGGGCGCUGGGAAGGGAUCGCAGGCGCCGCAUAUCGUCGCCAAGCUGAACAUCCCGCACAUAUCCGUGGGCGGAAUCAUGCGGGACGCGAUCGAGGAGCGCACGCCCCUCGGGCUCGUGUGCAGGGAGGUGAUGGAGGCGGACGGCUUAAUCACCGACGACGUCGUCGCCGGGCUCAUCCGCGAGCGAAUCGCGCGCAAGGAUUGCGACCGCGGCUUCGUCAUGGACGGCUUCCCGCGCACCGUCGAGCAGGCGCAGACCUUCGACGACGUCCUCGCGUAUACCCACGAGCGAGUCACGCGGAUCGUCGUCCUCGAGGCCCCCGACGACGUCCUCGAGCGAAGGGUCGCGGGCCGGUGGCAACACAAGGCAUCCGGCCGAACGUACCACGCCGCGACGGCCCCGCCGAGGUCGCUGCCGCCCGGCGUGACGCCCAGCGGCGCCAACAUGCUGGACGACGAGACGGGCGAGCCCCUCGUGCGACGCCUCGACGACCAGGAGGCGACGCUGCGGCGGAGGCUUCAGGGGUACAAGGCGCAGGUGUCCUCCGUGCUGACGCACUACGCGUCCGAGUCGAGCUCCGCGGUGACUUCCGUGGAUGCUAACCAGCGCCCGGAGCACGUGAGGGCGUGCGUGGCGUGUGCGUUGGAGGGGAGGGCGCAGCCGGCGUCGGUGCCGUUCGAGAUGGGGCACGUCGUUGGCUCGGUCGGCGUCGGGGGAUCGGACAGCGGCGGAGGAGUGGGAGUGGAAGGGGACGAAGCCGCGGAGGGUGAGGAGGAGCCCGGGUCGUCGGGUGACGGGGCGGACGAUGAUUCGACGCAGGUUGCGUUCCAGCCCCUGCCGGAGUCGCCGAGGCACCACUCGUGGAUGGCCGGCGGCGGCGAGACCUCACUCCAGCCGGAGCCGAUAGCCGCCUCGUGACGAGAGAAGGGGGGAGGACCGUUCCGUGCUGUUAAGUGUUAGCGAGUUGGCAAUGAACUCCGGCUGAAAUCGAAUCCUCGGGCGAAUCGACACCC